UCAGCCACAGUGGAUUGGGAGACCAUUAUGAGAAUUCCCACUGGGGACAGCAGCCCACUUUCAGGAGUGAAGGCAACUGCAGCUGGGAUAAAGUGAUAAUAGACAGAACUGACAAGGAAGCGUGGCCUUCCAUUACCGGAGCUGAGACUGAGUCUGCCUCAGAAUGUACUACAGACACUGACUCUGCCUCCAACUGUGGCUCAGAGAACAGUAGCAUGGCUACAGGGAGUGCCCAAGGCAACUUCACUGGACAUACAAAGAAAACUAAUGGCAAUAAUGGCGCCAACGGAGCACUCGUCCAAAGCACUUCUAACCAGAGUGCCCUUGGAGCUGGUGGAGCAAACGGUAACGGCAACUCGGCCAGAGUGUGGGGGGUGGCUGCUGGCUCCAGCUCUGGCCUAGCUCACUGCUCUGCCAGUGCUGGGGAUGGAAAGAUGGACAACAUGAUGGGAGAUGGUAGAAGUCAGAACUGUUGGGGUGCUUCCAACUCGAAUGCUGGCAUUAAUCUUAACCUUAACCCUAAUGCCAAUCCAGCUGCCUGGCCUGUACUUGGACAUGAAGGAACUGUGGGAGCAGGCAACCCUUCCAGUAUUUGCGGUCCAGUCAGUGCCAUAGGUCAGAACAUGGGCAACCAGAAUGGGAACCCAACAGGCACCUUAGGUGCUUGGGGAAACUUGCUGCCGCAAGAGAGCACAGAACCACAAACGUCCACUUCUCAGAAUGUGUCUUUCAGCGUACAACCUCAGAACCUUAACACUGAUGGACCAAAUAACACUAACCCCAUGAACUCUUCACCAAACCCUAUCAAUGCAAUGCAGACAAAUGGACUGCCGAACUGGGGGAUGGCCGUUGGUAUGGGGGCCAUCAUCCCACCCCACCUGCAAGGCCUUCCUGGUGCUAACGGAACAUCAGUUUCUCAAGUCAGCGGGGGCAGUGGUGAAGGAAUGAGCAGUUCAGUGUGGGGGAUGUCCCCAGCUAAUCCUGCCACAGGAAACAGCAAUUCUGGGUUCAGUCAGGGGAAUGGAGACACUGUGAACUCAGCAUUAAGUGCUAAACAAAAUGGAUCCAGCAGUGCUGUGCAAAAGGAAGGAAACGGAGCGAGCGCGUGGGAUUCGGGGCCUCCUUCUGGUCCUGGGGUACUAGCGUGGGGCAGGGGUGGUGGCAACAGUGGUGUUGGUAGUAUGCAUUCUGGAGCAUGGGGCCACCCCAACCGGAACACCAGUAACGGUGUGAACGGGGAAUGGGGCAAGCCCCCAAACCAGCAUUCCAAUAGCGACGUCAACGGGAAAGGAUCAACAGGGUGGGAUAGCUCUAGUGUUACCAGUCCGAAUCCUGCCAUGCAGCAGGGCAAUGAACAAAUAAACUCUUGGGCCAAAGCUGCAGCAUCUGGCACCACAGCUAGUGAAGGAAGUAAUGACAGUGGUGGGAGCCAAAAUGAAGGCAGUACUGGAAGGGAGGGGGCUGGAGAGGGGAGGAGGAGAGACAAAGGGAUGAUAGACCAAGGGCAAGUUCAGUUGCCAAGAAAUGACCUUGACCCCAGGGUCCUGUCCAAUACAGGGUGGGGACAGACCCCUGUAAAGCAAAACACUGCCUGGGAAUUUGAAGAGUCCCCAAGGUCUGAACGAAAGAAUGACAAUGGAACAGAGGCCUGGGGUUGUGCAGCUACUCAAUCUUCAAACUCAGGGGGGAAGAACGAUGGGUCCAUCAUGAACAGUACAAAUACCUCUUCAGUAUCUGGGUGGGUCAACUCUCCACCAGCAGCUGUUCCAACAAAUACAGGUUGGGGAGACAAUAACAACAAAGCACCAAAUGGCCCAGGGGGAUGGGGAGAGUCAGCAAGCUCUACUACUGUUAAUAAUGCUGCUGCUGCCAAAAGCGGCCACGCUUGGAGUGGGACCGCAAAUCAGGAGGACAAAUCACCUACCUGGGGUGAACCUCAGAAACCCAAAUCUCAAAACUGGGGAGAUGGACAGAAAUCAAAUCCAAGCUGGACUUCAGGAGGUGGAGAUUGGACAGAUUCAUCAUCUGUUCCUGGACACUUGGGUGAUGGGAAGAAGAAUGGAUCUGGAUGGGAUUCUGACAGUAGAUCAGGGUCUGGUUGGAAUGAUUCCACAAGGUCUGGGACCAAUGGGUGGGGAAAUGGCACAAACAGCAAGGCUAAUACAGGUACAAGUUGGGGAGAAUCUUUAAAGCCAAGCCCCCAACAAAACUGGGCUAAUAAACCCCAGGACAACAAUGUAAGUAACUGGGGAGGAGCUGCUUCUGUCAAACAGACGGGGUCAGGGUGGGUUGGUGGGCCAGUGCCAGCCAAACAAAAAGAGAACUGUGAGGCAACUGGCUGGGAAGAGCCGUCUCCACCGUCCAUUCGCCGCAAGAUGGAAAUUGAUGAUGGUACCUCAGCUUGGGGCGACCCAAAUUACAACAACAACAAGACUGUAAACAUGUGGGAUAGAAAUAAUCCUAUAAUUCAGAGCAGUACCACAACCAAUACCACCACCACUAGCACCAUUAUCAGCACCAACAUGGUUGAACCUCAGCCAUCGCACCAGUCAAGUGCCCAGCCAAACCGGUCCCCGCUGCUUGGUCCAGUAUCCUCAGGCUGGGGAGAAAUGCCUGCUGUCCACACAAAGACCGAAGCUUCUUGGGGAGAGCCGUCAUCCCCUUCUGCUGCAGUUGAUAAUGGCACUUCAGCAUGGGGGAAACCCCCCAGCAGUGGUACAGGGUGGGGAGAUAAUCCUGCCGAGUCGGCAGGGACAUACGGAAGAACAAAUGCUCCAGCUGCUGCCCCAGCACUGUGCAAACCAGCUUCAAAAUCUAUGCAAGAAGGCUGGGGCAGUGGUGGGGAUGAAGUGAAUCUCAGUACUAGUCAGUGGGAAGAUGAAGAAGGAGAUAUGUGGAAUAAUACUGCUUCACAAGAGAGCAGUUCCUCCUGUAAUUCCUGGGGGAAUGCCCCGAAGAAAGGACUUCAAAAGGGCAUGAAGACAUCUAACAAGCAAGAUGAGGCCUGGAUCAUGAACCGUCUGAUAAAACAGCUCACAGACAUGGGCUUCCCUAGAGAACCAGCAGAAGAGGCCUUGAAGAGCAACAAUAUGAAUCUCGAUCAGGCCAUGAGUGCUCUGCUGGAAAAGAAGGUGGAAAUGGACAAGCGUGGAAUGGGAGUGACCGACUAUAAUGGAAUGGUCACCAAACCCCUUGGCUGCCGCCCACCACCAAUCUCCAAAGAGUCUUCCAUGGACCGCCCCACCUUCCUUGACAAGGAUGGCGGCCUAGUGGAAGAGCCCACUACUUCACCAUUUUUGCCUUCACCAAGCCUGAAGCUCCCCCUUUCAAACAGUGCACUCCCUAAUCAGACCCUGGGCGGGAUUGCCUCAGGGCUGGGCAUGCAAAACUUGAAUUCUUCUAGACAGAUACCAAGUGGCAAUCUGGGUAUGUUUGGCAAUAGUGGAGCAGCACAAGCCAGGACCAUGCAACAGCCGCAGCAACCGCCAGUGCAACCUCUUAAUUCAUCCCAGCCUAGUCUUCGUGCUCAAGUGCCUCAGUUUCUAUCCCCUCAGGUUCAAGCACAGCUUUUGCAGUUUGCAGCAAAAAACAUUGGUCUCAGCCCUGCACAGUUAACCUCGCCAAUUAAUAAUCCUCAGCAUAUGACGAUGUUGAACCAGCUCUAUCAGCUGCAGCUGGCGUACCAACGUUUACAAAUCCAGCAGCAGAUGUUACAGGCUCAGCGUAACGUUUCCGGACCCAUGAGACAACAGGAGCAGCAAGUUGCACGUACAAUCAAUAACAUGCAGCAGCAGAUCCAGCAGCACCAGCGCCAGCUGGCCCAGGCCCUGCUUAUGAAGCAGCAGCCUCCCCCUCCACAUCUGUCUUUGCACCCCUCUGCAGGCAAAUCAGCCAUGGAUAGCUUUUCACCCCAUCCCCCGGCUUCCGGCCUACCUGACCUGCAGACCAAAGAGCAACAGUCUUCACCGAACACCUUUGCUCCUUACCCUCUUGCUGGACUGAACGCGAACAUGAAUGUAAAUAACAUGGACAUUACCGGUGGUUUGUCAGUGAAGGACACUUCUCAGUCCCAGUCUCGCCUUCCUCAGUGGACACACCCCAACUCAAUGGAUAAUCUGUCUAGUGCUGCUUCUUCGCUUGACCAGAACUCCAGCAAGCACGGUGCUAUACCUGGAGGUUUAAGUAUUGGUCCUCCGGGAAAGUCCUCCAUUGAUGACUCUUACAGCCGGUAUGAUCUGAUGCAGAACAGUGAAUCACCCGCCAGUCCACCCGUAGCUGUUCCUCACAGCUGGUCACGUGCCAAAACUGAUAGUGAUAAAAUUUCCAAUGGCUCCAGCAUAAACUGGCCACCAGAGUUUCAUCCAGGAGUGCCGUGGAAAGGACUGCAGAAUAUUGAUCCUGAAAAUGACCCUGAUGUUACUCCUGGAAGUGUUCCAACUGGGCCUACCAUAAACACCACAAUACAGGAUGUUAAUCGCUAUCUUCUCAAGAGUGGAGGGUCAUCCCCAACAUCAUCUCAGAAUGCCACGCUGCCUUCAUCGAGUGCCUGGCCGCUUAGUGCCUCCGGCUACAGUAGCUCUUUCAGCAGCAUUGCAUCUGCACCUAGCAUUGCAGGUAAAUUGUCAGACAUCAAGUCUACAUGGUCCUCUGGCCCAAUCUCUCACACACAAGCCUCUCUAUCCCAUGAACUAUGGAAGGUACCCAGAAACACUACUGCUCCUACAAGACCACCUCCGGGCUUAACAAAUACCAAGCCAUCAUCGACGUGGGGUGCCAGUCCCCUGGGCUGGACCAGCUCUUACUCCUCUGGUUCUGCAUGGAGUACUGACAGCUCAGGGAGAACAAGCAGCUGGCUGGUUCUUCGAAACCUCACACCCCAGAUUGAUGGUUCCACACUGCGGACACUGUGUUUGCAACAUGGCCCUCUAAUAACAUUCCACUUGAACCUGACGCAAGGGAAUGCUGUGGUCCGAUACAGUUCCAAGGAGGAAGCAGCCAAGGCCCAGAAGUCUCUGCAUAUGUGUGUCCUGGGAAACACUACUAUCCUGGCCGAGUUUGCUGGUGAGGAAGAAGUCAACCGUUUCUUAGCACAAGGCCAGGCGCUGCCACCCACCUCCAGCUGGCAGUCCAACACUGGAACCAACCAGACCCGCCUGGGCUCCUCCAGCAGCUCCCACAGCUUGGUCCGCAACGACGCUGGGCACUGGAACACUCCCUGCCUGGGGGGCAAGGGGAGCAGCGACCUGCUCUGGGGUGGGGUCCCCCAGUACUCCAGCAGCCUUUGGGGACCCCCAAGCACCGACGACGGCAGAGUUAUCGGCAGCCCAACACCUCUGAAUACUCUUCUUCCGGGUGAUCUUCUCAGUGGAGAGUCCAUCUAGGAAACCAGAGAAACAAAAUGGAAAAUAACAAUCAUCAGCACUAAAGGAAAAAUAGAAUUGUAACCCUUUCCAGUCCCGGGCUUGAUGAAGAAUCCAGCUUUAACAGAUCAGACUGGCAGCCCUUUUUAGUACCUCUGUCCAAUAUCGACUAUGAAACUGCAGAAGUCCUUGUGAACUGUUCAUGAAACAGUAUGGGCUACUUUUGGUCAGUGUCACAUGCUAAUGACAGGUUUUAUUGUUUUUUUGUUUUCAUGGCUUUUUGUUUUAUGUUGUCUUUUUAUGUUUGUAUGGUGAUUUUUUCAAAACUAAGUAUAAAAGCUGCUU